GGGUGGUGGGGAGGGAAGACUGAGCGCAAAGCCGAAAGUACAAGCAGGACGGAAAGUGAAACCGGCGCAGCCCCCAGUAUAAGACCCCUGCCCGGGAGAUGGCUGGCCACACAGGCUGGGCCCCGUCAUGGGCCAGAUGGCAGGCGACCUUGGCUGGCGGUUCAGCCUUUUGCUGCUCUCCUUGCUCCUGGCUCGUGCCGGUGUUUGGGGAUUCCCAAGACCACCAGGGAGGUCCCCCAUGAGCCUGCAGGAGUUGCGGAGGGAGUUCAAGAUCAGCCUGCACUUGGCCAGGAAGCUGUUCUCCGAGGUUCGGACCCAGGCCCACCACUUUGCUGAAUCUCACCUCCCAGGAGUGAGCCUGGACCUCCUGCCCCUGGGGGAUCAGCUCCCCAAUGUCUCCCUGACCUUCCAGGCCUGGCACAGCCUCUCUGAUGCAGAACGACUCUGCUUCCUCUCCAUGACCCUUCGCCCCUUCCAUGCCCUGUUGGGAAGCCUGGAAAGCCAGGGGGGCUGGACCAGCUCAGAGAAGACGGAGCUAUGGACCAUGAGGUUGGAUCUCCGGGAUUUACAGCGGCAUCUCCACUUCCAGGUGCUGGCGGCUGGACUCAACCUCCCCGAGGAGGAAGACGACGAGGAGAGGAAGGGGCUGCUCCCGGGGGCUCCCAGCGGUCUCUCGCAGAUGCGGGUGCAGCCGCCCUGGCCUCAGCUGCUCUACACCUACCAGCUGCUGCACUCCCUGGAGCUCGUGUUGGCUCGGGCCGUGAGAGACUUGCUCUUGCUCUCCCAGGCCGGAACCCCAGCCCCAGGCUCGGGGUGCUCAUCAUUCAGCUCCCCAGCCCCUUCCCUUCACCCCUUCCCUUCGCCCUUCCGUUCAGGCCAACAGGACAUCCUCUGAGCUCAUUUGCCUUAAACAAGGCAGG